AUGGCGGACACCGACUUCAAGCGCGAAGUCACCCGACCCGACUCUGUUCAUGACUUGAAGCAUGGUGGGGCUACCGCCGAAGCCAUUGAGGCCAUUCGAGCCGAGCAUGAGCUCACCUUCACCGAGGCUUUGAAGCUCUAUCCCAAGGCCAUUGCCUGGUCAGGCUUCGUGUCCAUUGGCGUCAUCAUGCUGGCCUUUGAUCCUCAGCUCAUCGGAAACCUCUAUUCGACGCCUCAGUUUGCUCGCGACUUUGGACACUUGUACAAGGGCGAUUGGGUGAUUCAAGCAUCAUGGCAAACCGCUCUCUCAAUGGGCAACCCCAUCGGCCAGGUCGUGGGUGCCCUCUUCGCCGCUUACCCCAUGGAUUAUUUUGGCCGAAAACUCACCUUUGCCGUCUGUGUCAUUCUCACUGCUGGCAUCGUCUUCAUCCAGUUCUUCUCCAAGACACUCGGUGUCCUUCUCGCGGGAGAGCUGUUGGCCGGUCUUGUGCUGGGCAUGUUCGUUGUCAUUGCUCCGGCAUACGCCUCUGAAGUUUGUCCUACCGCACUUCGUGGCCAUCUCACCUCGUUUGUCAACCUCUGCUUCGUCAUCGGUCAACUCCUAGGCAACGGCGUCACUGCGGGUACCUCGAAACUGAACAACCACUGGGCCUACAAGAUCCCCUUCCUUCUCCAGUGGUUUUGGAUCAUUGUCAUUCUCCCCGGCAUGGCUUUUAUCCCAGAGAGUCCCUGGUGGUUGGUCCGAAAGAACCGCUUGGAAGACGCUGAAAAGUCCCUGCGAAGACUGGCAUCGUCCAAGGUCAACGUUCAGGCUACCUUGGCCUUCAUCGUGGAAACCGACCGUCUGGAACAGGAGCUUGAGGCUGGCAGCACGUACUGGGAUUGCUUCAAGGGUGACAACUGGCGCCGCACUGAAAUAUCAAUGGGCGUUUACUGCACUCAGGUUCUCAGCGGUAUUUAUCUCAUCAAUUAUGGCACCUUUUUCUUUCAGCAAGCCGGCCUUCCCACCGAUCGCGCCUUUGACAUGUCAGUUGGUUUCUUGGCUGUCGGUUUCGUUGGAACUCUGGUCUCCUGGGUGCUCCUGAUUAGGUUUGGUCGUCGGACAUUGUUCGUGUCGGGGCUGGCAUGGCUGGUCGUUCUCCAGUUCGUCAUCGGCAUCCUUGAUUGUAUUCCCGGUCGACCUUCGGGCGCCAUCUGGGCUGAAUCGUCGUUGAUGCUCAUCUGGAACUUCUUCUACGACAUCUCCAUUGGCCCCGUCUGCUUCGUUCUCCUCGGCGAAUGCUCCGCCACCCGUGUCCGUUCCAAGACCAUCGCCGCAGCCACGGCUGCUCAGGGGAUCCUCGGCAUCGUCAUGACCGUCGCCAUUCCGUACAUGAUCAACCCGGAGCAGGCCAAUUUGCAAGGUAAACUGGGUUUCUUUUUUGGUGGUCUUGCCCUAAUCUGCCUAAUCUGGUCCUACUUCCGCGUGCCCGAAACUAUGGGACGCACAUUCGAGGAGUUGGAUCUACUGUUCGACAAAAAGGUACCCGCAAGACAAUUCAAGGGCUACAAAUUGGAUGGCGCAGUGUCCACUGGCGCAGCCUGA